GGAAUAUGGUUCUGUGGGGCAUAUCAAGGUCAUGGCUUCCAUGAAGAUGGAUUGAAGGCUGGGAAAGCAGCAGCUCAAGGUUUGCUUGGAAAGAAAUGUGAGCUUCUGUUGAACCCGAAGCAGAUGAUUCCAUCAUGGACUGAGGCUGGGGUGCGCCUUGCAGUUGCAAGAUUUUUUAACCUAUACAUAUCCAUCGGCAACUUGAUAUUGAUUGAAGAAGGAGGUAGUGUGUUCAGCUUUGGUAAAGCUUGCGACAAAUGCCGUGUAAAAUCUGUCAUGCGAGUUCAUGACCCCUUGUUCUAUUGGAAGAUUGCAACAGAAGGAAACCUUGGCUUGGCAGAAGCCUAUAUUAACGGCUGUUUCUCUUUUCUCGACAAGAGAGAAGGCCUUCUGAAUCUUAUCCUGAUUCUCAUUGCUAACAGAGAUGACCGUAGGAACCGCCGCAUUGCCAGAAAAGGGGGUCGAUGGACACCAUUGCAUGUACUAGGUCGGUUGGCACAUGCUAAGUACUUUUUGGGCAAAUUCUCAAGGAAGAACACUGUGACACGAAGUCGUCGAAACGUCUCUCAGCACUAUGAUCUUAGUAACGAAUUUUUCUCGCUUUUUAUGGAUAAAUCGAUGACUUACUCUUGUGCAAUUUUUAAGAUGGAGAACGAAAGCUUAGAAGCAGCCCAGGAACGUAAACUUAGCCUUCUAAUCAGCAAGGCUAAAGUCGAGAGGGGGCAUCAUGUUCUUGAUAUCGGUUUCGGCUGGGGAAGUUUAGCAAUACAAGUGGUAAAGCAAACUGGCUGCAAAUACACUGGAGUCACUUUGUCGGAGGAGCAGCUUAAAUACGCCCAGGGAAAAGCAAGAGAAGCUGGCUUAGAGGACCACAUAACUUUUCUGCUGUGUGACUACCGUCACAUACCACCUUACAAGUAUGACGCAAUCAUAAGCAUCUGUAUGAUUGAACAUGUUGGCCAUGAAUGCAUGGACGAAUUUUUUGCCUGCUGCGAGUCUUACUUGGCUGAAGAUGGCAUAAUGGCCCUGCAGUUCAUCUCAGCUCCAGAGGAACGGUACGAGCAAUACAGAAAAAGGCCAGACUUCUUAACAGAAUAUAUAUUUCCUGGUGGUUGCCUUCCUUCUUUGGCCCGUGUAGUGUCUGCCAUGAGCACGUCAUCAAGGUUCAGCAUAGAGCAUGUCGAGAAUAUUGGGCCCAAUUACUACCCAACUCUGAUGUGCUGGAUGGACAACUUCACUGCCAACAAAGAUAAAAUGUUGGCCCUGGGCUUUGAUGAGAAGUUCAUCCGCAUAUGGGAGUACUACCUCAUAUUCUCUGCAGCUUGUAUGAAGUCACGGACACUUGGAGUUUACCAGGUUGUUUUCUCUCGCCCAGCCAACCGUCGGCUAGGCCAGCCUUUGGCUAAAGCCUAAAGGCAACAUAUCCUUGUCCGUUCAGUUGUCGAACUGUUACUUCUCGAUAACCUACGACCUUUUAGUAAGUCAGCCCCGGAAUGGUUCGUUCAUACGGGCAGCCUAAUCAGGUGGUUUGAGAUCUAUCUCUCUGUUUUAAUCGUGAAAUGGUUAGUUUUUCAUGGCAGGGUAUUAUCUAUCAAUAAACUUGUAUGUGCGCAUGCAAGUGCUACCUUAGACUGGUCAGUAGAAUUUGAGAAUUGUAUGGAAGGAACUGGUUUGUUGCUUUGAUAUCUAUCAAAAUGAGAUGAUGUCCUGGUUUGUUA